UAACCGUGCCUGCCUCCUUCAGGCCCAAGUGUUAGUUAGACUGUGCCAAAUUCGCAUCCACUUAGGUUAUUUUCCAGGAGCGCAUCGGUUUGUAAAUAAAAAUACACCUCCCACCCCCUCCCAUACUGACUGUGAUUGGCUCCUCCCAUACCGGUUAAAUGCGCGCUCGGUGCUUCAAUGCAGUACAGUGGAAGGCAGUCAUGAUAGAGGAGCUGUAGAGUUGACAAACUUUAAAGCAGCAAGUAUUUCCAAGUCUUGUAAUCUGUUUAUUCCCGGAGCCACAGUUAUGAAGACCAUACUUGCUGCCUACUCCGGUGCUCUAAAAGGCACAGGCUAUAGCAUCCUCUCGUCCCUGCAGGACCUGCCCUCCCCUCCAUGGCCUGCCCUUCGAUCCAAGAUGGAGAAACAUCUUCAGGUCAUCGCAGUUCUUCAGUGGGUCAUCUCCUUCCUCGCCAUGGGCAUCAGCUGCACUGUGCUGUUACUCUACAUGUUCUGCACAGACCUCUGGGUGAUCGCUGCCAUGUACACUACCUGGCUAAUCUUCGACUGGAACACCCCCAAACAAGGUGGCAGGAGGUCCUCUUGGGUGAGGAACUGGACUGUGUGGACUUACUUCAGAGAUUACUUUCCCAUCAGGCUCAUCAAGACACAUAACCUGCUGCCCAGCCGAAACUACAUCUUUGGGUACCACCCCCAUGGGAUCUUCUCUUUCGGAGCCUUCUGUAACUUUGGGACUGAGGCCACUGGAUUCUCCAAGAAGUUCCCGGGCAUCAAGCCUUCUCUUGCCACCCUGGCUGGAAACUUCCGGAUGCCAAUCCUUAGAGACUAUCUCAUGUCUGGGGGUAUCUGCCCAGUGAACCGUAACUCCAUCGACUACCUCCUCUCUCAGAAUGGAACUGGCAACGCAGUGGUCAUCGUUGUCGGGGGAGCAGCAGAAUCUCUGGACUGUGCUCCAGGCAUGAAUUCUGUCACCCUGAAUAACCGCAAGGGAUUUGUGAGGCUGGCCCUCCAGCAAGGGUCCGACUUGGUGCCGGUCUACUCCUUUGGGGAGAACAAUGUGUACAAGCAGGUGAUCUUUGAGGAGGGAACCUGGUGUCGGCUAGCUCAGAAGCGGCUGCAGAAGAUUCUGGGCUUUGCUCCCUGUCUGUUCCAUGGCUGUGGCCUCUUCUCUGACUCCUGGGGAAUGGUGCCUUACAAUAAACCCAUCACCACCAUCGUGGGUGAACCGAUCACGGUACCAAAAGUUGAGGAGCCUACUCGGGAUAUGGUGGAACUGUACCAUGCCAUGUACAUCAAGUCCCUCAGGAGCCUCUUUGACAAGUAUAAGACCCGCUUCGGAUUGAAAGAGAGUGACAUCCUGCACAUCCAAUGAGAAAAGAGUGAGCGGGACCCCCUCGGAACCUCAGAACUGUGGCAGCUGUUUGUUCAGCCUCGACACCCCAUUCAUGUGCAUGGAUCUGAUUGAUUGUCUCUGGAAUUCAAUCGAUAUACAUAAAGUUGUGGGUGUGUAUAAACCCACCCGCGCUCUCAUCCUCAUCCAGUAUACAAGGCUCACGUCCCUACUCCACUCAGGGUGAAAAUGGCAGGUUUUAAUGUUUUAGGUUGCUUUACUAUUCCGCCUGACCUAGUCCUUGCCAAUAGCAAAGUUGACUAUCUUAAAUGUCUCCAAAUGGAGUCUCUCCAGCGUAUGCCACAUUUAUAGAUAUGUUCCAUGACAGAAGAGAUGAGGGAGUAUAGUUUGAUAAGAUACGAUCACUUGCUUUCAUGUGCAGUAGAACUCCCACUAGGUGGCACUAGAAGGCUAUAUACACACACAAGCACCAUGUUUGUUUCCCCCAUGUAUCCAUAUAGUUGUCCCAUAUAUUAGGCCCUAAAAAAAAGUUCAAUAUCAGAUGUUUUGAGGCCUUUAUUUAUUUUUUGCUAAAUGCACAAACAAUGCAAUUGUAAGGGUAUGGCCUCACUCAGAAGUUAAUAUAGUGUGAUAAUUGAGCCAAAGAGCUGAUGGGUGUCCCCUCCCAGCACACACAUACUUCAUUGAAACUGGAAGGAGAAGUAAUUCUAAUGGAUUUAGAUUGUGUACAUGUGUUUAUAUGAUGCCACUAAGUAUUGUAUUAUGUAAAUAAGGAAAAACCUGUCCUCCCUUGUCCAUAAAUUUAUAUAUUGAUGCACUUUUUGUAUUUGUUACAACCCUCUGAGGUAUUGCUCUAAAAUGUGCCUCAGGAAUUUUUCAAUGUCACAUUUUUAUUGACUGGGCUGCAGAGUGUUGUUUAGUGCCUUGAUGCCCCAUGUACUGUAGUUGUUGAUGAUUUUGAUGAUGUAAAAACAAUUCUUCCUCCACACAGAGGGCAGAUCAGUGAUGAAUGUCAUAAAAAUACACUUAUUGUGGGGUUCUACUCAAUUGAGUAAAAUGGUAAAUGUACAGUAUAAGGGUUUUUCUAUCACACAUUUGGAUUAGAGUUAAAAGUCAAACUCCCAUGGUAAUUUCCAAGAAGUGUUAGCGAAAUUACUGAGACUUGAUAUGCCAUCAUCCUGCCAAUUAUCUUAGGUGCAGAACUGUUUAUAUAUUAUGCAAGAUGAAAAGACUACAAUUAUUUUGCAAAUGUGGUGAAAUGUUGAGGUUGGUGAUGAGUGCUAAAUAGAAGUGUCAUUUGAAAUGCAAAUUCUUCUAGCUUCAACAUGAACUUCUUGUAAACAUCUCACUCUCUUAACUCGUGCAAUAAACAGCAGCCAAGGCCUUUUAUGUUGUGAAUGAAUAGCUUGAGCAAAAUCUGACUACUUAAAUUAAACUUUUUGUUUUUAGAAUAAAACUUAACAUGUCUUCGUAAA